UAACCACCUUUAACCGCCAUUUUUGCUGCAAUCCGAACCGUUUGUGUGGUUUGUGUUUAGUGUCGUCUUCUUUAUAACAAUUUGAAUAAACAUUAAUAACAAUGACGACGUUUCAAGAAGAGCCCGUCCAAUUAAACGGUGACAGUAAUAUCAGUGAACCGGAGCCCCCCGUACCGGGAACAGAGGAGCCGCCUUUAAAACAACUCCGGCAAGCCGAUGAAAGUGAACGUGUUGAAUACUUUUAUGAUCUUAUUCAAACCGGGGAGGUUCUUACAGUAGGACCUGGGGCUCGAAGUAAUACAUUGGCUGGGAUUUUGGGUGGUGCUCUUCCAAAACUAUCAACAGAACAAACCGAUUCGGUUAGCAAGGCGAAGAAAUAUGCCAUGGAACAAAGUAUUAAAAUGGUUUUAAUGAAACAAACGUUAGCUCAUCAACAACAGCAAAUGGCUAGUCAGAGGACGCAAGUACAACGCCAACAGGCUCUCGCCCUAAUGUGCAGAGUUUACGUUGGAAGUAUAAGUUUCGAAUUGAAAGAGGACACAAUAAGACAAUCUUUUCUGCCAUUCGGCCCCAUAAAAUCCAUUAACAUGUCUUGGGAUCCCGUUACGCAAAAACACAAAGGUUUCGCAUUCGUUGAAUAUGAAAUUCCGGAAGCCGCCCAAUUAGCUUUAGAACAAAUGAACGGCGUUAUGAUCGGCGGAAGAAACAUUAAGGUUGUUGGAAGACCGAGUAAUAUGCCCCAAGCGCAAGCUGUCAUCGAUGAAAUUCAAGAGGAAGCGAAAAAUUACAAUCGCAUAUACGUUGCUAGUAUACAUCCAGAUUUAACUGAAGAUGAUAUUAAAAGUGUUUUUGAAGCUUUUGGUCCAAUAAUAUACUGUAAAUUAGCUCAAGGAAGUACCGCACAUAAACAUAAAGGUUAUGGUUUUAUCGAAUACGAAACGGCACAAGCAGCAAACGAAGCAAUAGCAAGUAUGAAUUUAUUCGAUUUAGGUGGACAGUAUUUACGAGUAGGAAGAGCAAUAACACCUCCAAACGCUUUAAUGGGACCUUCUUCGGGAAGUACAGCAAUGCCAACAGCGGCUGCAGUUGCCGCAGCUGCAGCUACAGCUAAAAUCCAAGCGAUGGAUGCGGUGGCAAGCAAUGCGGUAGCUUUAGGAUUAUCAAAACUCAGCCAAACACCAAGUAUACCAACAGUUGUACCUCAAAUUCCCGCAAUACCCGCUGCGAUAACCACACUUCCCACAAUUCAAAAUCAAAUAGUUCAAAGUACGCUUCCAGGGUAUAUCCCACCUCCGGGAGUUGCGAUUCCUCAAUUAGCGGCGGUUCAAGUUAAUUUACCGCCGGCUACAACGAAUAUUAACGCUACGACGACGCCCCAUGUAGGGACUACGAAUCUCCAAACAACAACGGUUAACGCGGCUUCAACGCAAGAAGCUAUGAAGAGGGCCCAAGAAGCUCAGUUAAAACAACAAGAAGAGUUACAAAAGAAAUUAUUAGAUCAAAACGAACCUCAAACGUUACAGCAACAAGAAAAUAUGUCGAUUAAGGGUCAAAAUGCAAGACAUUUGGUGAUGCAAAAAUUGAUGAGAAAGGUUGAUUCAAAGGUGGUAAUUUUAAGAAAUAUGGUAGGACCUGAAGAUGUUGAUCAAACACUUCAGGAAGAAAUCGAAGAGGAGUGUACAAAAUUUGGGAAUGUUGAGAGAGUUAUUAUUUAUAAUGAAAAGCAAUCUGAAGAUGAUGAUACUGAUGUUAUUGUGAAGAUUUUUGUGGAGUUUACAGAAACGAAAGAAGCUGAAAGAGCAAGAGAUGCGCUGAAUGGAAGAUAUUUUGGUGGACGAAUGGUACGAGCAUCACUUUAUGACCAAACGUUAUUUGAUCAUAGUGAUUUUUCUGGAUAUAACCUCAAAAAGAAACCCCACAACGAACUCAAAAUGUCUUUUUUAAGUAACAUAAAGAAAGUGUUACACAUUGGGGGCAACGAUGCCAAAAAGAAAAAAGUUUUUAAUAACGUCCGAAUGGACUCGGAUCCGGAGGAGUUUUGGGACAUGAUCGGCGAACUAGGAGAUGGAGCAUAUGGUAAAGUGUACAAAGCCCAACAUAAAACAACCGGUCAGCUUGCUGCAGCCAAAAUGUGUCGAUUAGAUGGAGAAGAUGAUCUUUCCGAUUUUAUGAUUGAAAUUGAUAUCUUAACCGAGUGUAAACAUUUUAAUAUUGUUGAAUUAAUCGAAGCAUUCCAACACGAACAACAAUUAUGGAUGUUGAUUGAGUAUUGUGAUGGUGGGGCUGUUGACAGUAUUAUGACUGAACUUGAAAAACCUUUAACGGAACCGCAAAUUGCUUAUGUUUGUCAAAAUAUGUGCAAAGGAUUACAAUUUUUACAUAAAUCACAUAUUAUUCAUCGCGAUUUAAAAGCUGGAAAUGUUUUAUUAACCAUGGCGGGGGGAGUUAAAUUGGCUGAUUUUGGUGUAUCGGCAAAAAAUAAAAAUACCCUCCAAAAACACGAUACGUUCAUCGGGACGCCGUACUGGAUGGCACCGGAAGUGGUAAUGUGCGAGACUUUUCGCGAUAACCCCUACGAUUUUAAAGUGGAUAUUUGGUCGUUGGGUAUAACCCUGAUUGAAUUCGCCCAAAUGGAACCGCCUAACCACGAGAUGUCGCCGAUGCGGGUUCUACUUAAGAUUCAAAAAAGCGAGCCCCCCAAAUUGGAGCAACCGUCUAAAUGGUCCAAGGAAUUUGCGGAUUUUAUCGCGAAAUCGUUGAUUAAGGAUCCCCAGAAGCGGCCGAAUUGCGAAGAUCUGUUACGGCAUAGUUUUAUUUCUUGUACGCUUGAUUCGAAACCGAUUCGAGAUCUUUUAUUGGAGUAUAAAGCCGAGGUUGUUGAGGAAGAAGUUACUGAUGAAGAUUCGGAGCGCGGAAAAAAAUCUAAAAAAAAUAAGGGUUUAUACCAAAGAGUUGGCGGCUCACCUGGUACUCCUAUUCAGUCGGUUAAAAAGGACAAUCGUACAUCUCAGUUACCAGAAAUCGAAGAUGAUACAGCAUCCGUACAAAGUAGUGAAGUUGAAGCUAAAGGUAAUCAAGAAGUAAAAAUAAUCGGGGAUGAUUCAAAGAAAUUGAAGAAGGAGAUCUCGGUGGAAUCAUCGACCAGUCAAAUUUCUACGGAAAGUGAUAAAAAGGAGAAAGAAUCCGAAACUCAUCGUAAAACAUCGCGCGAAAAAGGACCAGCACCACUACCACCAAUUCCUCAAAUUCCACUUCCCCCGGUAGAACAAGAACCCCCUCCUCCAGCUCCACCAAUACCACAAGAACCUCCAAAAAUUCAGGAAGAGGAACCAUUAAAAAUCCAAGAAGAACCUCCUCCUCCACCACCACUUCCACCAUCAACUUUACCAACACCCCCAAUUUCUCCUUUAAGCCCCCCAACAACGCCACCACUUCCUAUUCCAACCCCACCCCCUCCACCGCUUUUAGAAGAAAAACCACAAUCAUCAGUUAAAGCGGAAAUUGAGGCGAUUGAAAAACGAGUUAGCAAAGAUAAAGAUUUUCAAGAAGCAGUGUUUCAUAAAUUAUUAUCAGGGAGUAAAGAGGAACUCGAUGCUGGUAUUGGGGGGCAAAAAAUGGAGGGAGUUGUUGUUAGUAGUGGAAGUGAUGAUGGAAGUUUCGUUGUUGUUUCUACAUCCCAGGAAAGCCGGGGGAAAAUGAAUACUUCAACUAUUAUUAUUAGUGAUAGCAGUGAUCCGUCUAAUAGUUUAGCUUCUAAUAUAAGUCAGGUUACUGUUGUUACAACUCACCCACCAGUAAUAAUAGACAAUUUACAAAGUUUAUCACAUUCUUCCGCAUCUUCAACUCACAGUGGAAAUGAAGUAGUAAUCGUUGCGAAUGAAACGAAUAAAACGCACAUCGAAUCGUCAGACGACGAAUAUAGUAGUCACGCUUUAGAUUCGUUAGAGUAUCCCCCGCCAAGUGAAUUUCGCGAUAAACCCCUUAAAAAACUCGACGAAAGCGAAGUUUUAAUCGUCGAUUCGAGUUAUGUCGUUAACGAUUCUGGUUUAGAUGUGUCCGCAGACAAUGAAAACAAUUCUUCACGUUUACUUCUUGAUACCAGUCAUGUUUCCGUAGUAAAAAUUGAUCAAGAGAAAGUUCAAGUUAAAGAUUCGGGUUCUUCGUGUGUUUUUAACGAGGAGCGAGGUUCAACGAGUGAUUUAUCAAAUUCUAGUUCCGGAAAAUUAAGCACCAGAAGUAAUAAUGAGAUUAUUUUAGAGACUUCAUCACCGAAAUUAAUCAACAAAAUCAACGGACAAGUUGUACAUUUAAACGGAAACCAUCACAACAUUGAUUGUAACACGAUUGAUUCAAGAUCGCAUAGUGAUUGUGGUUCUAUAAGGAGUAGUGAUUCAAAUCGGAGACCGAUUUCGGUCUCAAAAAAUUCUGAUAUUGAAAGUAUUUCUUUGGCUAGUCACGAUAGUAGGGGAAGUAGCAAAGAUAAAGAGCAACUAUCAGAAUCGGGGGAAACUGAAGAAGAAGCGGUUAUUUUAAGAAAAAAGCCUGCGCCAAGUCACCACCAUCAUAACCACAAUCAAAAAGAACAAGACAGUGCUAGCAUACAUAAUAGAAAAACGCGAAAACGUACGCGAAAAUUUAUGGUUGAUGGGGUUUUGAUUACAACAACAACGUCUAAAGUUAUUUAUGGCGAUGAAGAUAAUUUGAGUAUUGACCCUCAAGCCGAUCGAAAACAAGAGUUGAGGGAAUUAAAAUAUCUUCAAAAACAAGAACAGAAACAAUUUCAAGAAUUAGCGUUAAAAGAAAACAUCGCGAUUGAACAACAAGAUAAACGUUUCGAACAGGAACGUCAAAGUUUGGAACGAACUUACGAAAAUGAUUUAGAAUUAUUAUCGCGUCAACAAAAAAUGCAAGUCGAAAGGGCGGAAGCUCAACAAGACGCCGACAUGAGAGCCGCAUCGAAAAAAAUUCGCGCCGAACAAGAACGCGAAUUAAAACAAUUCCGAGAAGGUUUAAAACAAGAAUUGAGAUUAUUAAAAGCCGAAAUCGAUCGGUUACCUAAAGACAGUCGUAAAAACGAGUUUAAAUUGCGCAGGGAGAAAUUAGACGCGGAACAUCUCGACCGGGAAAAAUCAUUUUUAGAAAAGUUAAAUGAAAACCACGAAAGUUCCCUUCGAAGACUCUCCGAUUCUCACCGGGAGAAAAUUGCGUUGAUGGAGCGACAAUUUUUACAACAAAAGCAGCAGUUAACGCGUACAAGAGAGGCCGCACUUUGGGAGAUUGAAGAGAAACAAAUUCACGAAAAACACCAAUUGAUGAAAAGGCAAUUAAAAGAUAUCUUCUUUUUACAACGGCAUCAAAUGUUGGUGCGUCACGAUAAAGAAAUGGAUCAAGUUAAACGAAGAUCACAACGAAAGGAGGAGGAGUUAACGAAAAAACAAAACAUUGAGAAAAGGAAUUUACCGAAAAGGAUUCGGCAGGAAAUGAAAGCUAGGGAGUUAAUGUUUAGGGAAUCGAUGAGGAUUUCGAUAUCGGGCGCUACCGAUAGUGAUAUGGAAAAAAGUAAACUAAAAGAGUUUCAAGAGAAAGAAAAAAGGCGUUACCAAGCUGAACAACAACGAUUUGAAUUAAAACAUCAACGACAACUCGAAGAACUCCGAGCGAUGAACGAAGCUACAAUAAAAGAAUUGGAACAGCUUCAAAACGAGAAACGAAAAAUGUUGAUGGAACACGAAACGUUAAAACUAAAACAACGCGAAGAGGCGUUUACAAAAGAAUUGCGCGAAUGGAAGGCGCAAUUAAAACCACGAAAAAUGCGUGUUGAAGAGGAGUUACGAAAAGAAUUUUUGUCGGCGGAGUGUAACCGAUUUUUACCUCCAUUCGUUUUGCGCGGCCCCGCGCCUGGCGAAUCUAGUUGUACGGAAACGAGCGACGAACAACCGUCCUCGCACUCAUCAACCCCCAACACUCCGUGCUUAUCCGAGGCGGUACGGCUUAGUUGGGGACAUCAGCGAUCUUGGAGCACUAGCAUUAUCGUCGAUAGGGAUCCGACUUCUAGCAGUUAUUAUCCCGUUUACCGAGAUUCCAAUGCUUAAUAGUCAUUUAUAUUAUUUUUUUUGUGUCAUUUGUCUUAUUAUUUUUUAACUCUACGUUAAUCGUGUAUGUAUUCAAUAGAUAUACCGGAAAUUUCAUAUAUAGUAGAAACCACGAGAGCUGGCAGUGACAGAUCGCUUAAAAAUGGUAUGAAUCAAGAUA